AUGACCACGCCGACGGGUGGUGUCGCGCCGGCGUCGUCCCGUGCCGCCGCCACACCGUUGGAGCGGAAGAAAGGAAAAACAUCCGCGAAGAAGAAGACGACGGACGGCUCCGGCAGCUCGAAGCUGAAGAAGAAGGUUGUAGUGUGCCGGCCGGGCGCGGCGUCUACCGAAGCGUCGGCGAGCUCACUCGUUGAGCCGGCGGCGGACGCGCACCACAGAGCCGCCGCCGUGCCCAGGCCCAACGAAUGGCCUCGCGUGGGACCCCCCGGCGUCAUCAACCACAGCACAGCACAACAAACCUUUUCUCCACCAAAAGUUUCAAACUGCAGUCCUCCGCCCACCACCACCCAGCAGCUCGUGGUCCGCCGCCGCCGGGAGCUCGCUCCGGCAGCCGCCACUCUCCGGCCCGUACCCGCCGUCGCGUUGGCCCCCACGGCCGCCUCCUCGCUCAGGAUGGCGAGGGAGCUCGGCGGCGCUCUCUGCCGCACCCCGGAGAGGGCCCCCGCAUCCGGGUUCGGGGGCGACGAGAACUCCCGGCCUGGCGGAGCGUCGACUCACGCCCCAGCGGAGCCCGGCGCGGCCUCCCGACCUCCCCUCCGCUCUAUCCAGCCGCCCGGGCAGCCCCGGCGGCCGGUGCCGACGCCCAAGAAGGGUCUGGGGGUCAGGGCAGCGGGCAAGACCCCGGUGAGGGUCGGCGCGGUGACCAUUCCCCUUCGCCCGACCAAGAUCCUGGGGAAGCCGAAGCCGGUCCUGAGGUUGGGGUUCUCGACGACGGGGGCCAACUCUGCGCAGGUCCAACGUUCCAAGGUCGGAGACUCCAUCUCGCGCUGGAAGGAGAAUCACACUGUGCAGAACGUAUCGUCAACAUCGCAGCAAGAUGACUCUCAUGCACCUGCAAAGGAACAAAACAACUCAGAAGAUACAUUGAGCCUGCAGCUGGAGUUGGCCAUAACGAAAACAAUUCUUCUGGAGGAGAUAAAAGCCCGAGCAGAAGCUGACGUCAGGGCAACUGCUUUAGGAGAUGAGCUGAAAGCAGCGAAUCAACGUACACUCGAAGCUUGCAGGCAGAAGGAAGCCAAAGAAAAGGAACUGCAAGACACAAUAUCUGUUUUGGAUGUCGUUGAAUCGGAGCAGAUUAGUUUGAUAAAGGAAAUAAAGGAGCUGAAGAAGAACACUGAGCUUGAGCAAGGAAGGGAUGAAGUCCAUAGGCAGGCUAUGGGUGAAACGUAUGAGGUGAUUAUAUCCUUAGAAAAACAGCUGUUGUCACUGCAACAGGAGCUAGAUGCCUGUAAAAAAGAGUUGUUGGUCGCCAAACAAAGCCUCGAUGAAGCAACGAGAAUAGAGAUUUUGUUGGAUCAAUCCAUUGAAACUCUUGUGCAGAAGGAGGUUCUUGAACAAUACUUUGUUUCAUUACUGGGGAGGAUUGAAGAAGAGACUCGUCAGCUGGAGUCCCAACUAGACCAGUCAAAGACAUUCUAUGAAGAUAGAAUUAAAGGUCUGGAGAUAAAGAUGCAAGAAAUGGAUUAUCAGGCUGGAGCAUUACUUAUUUCAUGGAAUAAAGAAAAAGAGAUAUCAGAGGAAAGGAAGACAUUUGCCGAAGAGAAAGAUAAACUAAACAAGCUAUUGGAGAUGUCUAAUGAGGAUGCCGAAACUACUGUGUGUUCAUUGGAAGAAAAGGUGAAAUUACUCGAGGAAGAAGCAGAACAACACAGAAGGCAGCAGGAAAAACUAGAAGUGGAGCUGCAGAAUGCCAGGCGACAAUUGCUACCAUACUCUAGGGAAGCAAAGAGCUCCCUGGAAGACAGAAUCUUUGAUUCACCUGACCCAACCAGGCAACUGAGUAAUAUAAACAAUGGGGUAGUGCGUUCUCAGGAGAGUAGAAUGGGUCGAAAGGAGCUUUUUGAAUCUGAGGUAAUGAUGGCAUUCUUUGAAGAGCAAAUGCAAGGAAGCUAUGCAAGCUCAUUUGGUGAUAUAUUCAAAGAAGCUGCAGACGAUUCUCUUCCGGCUUCACAUUCUCUUCCACACAUUACAAGCCAAAUAAAGCCAAAUCCAAGUGCAGUUGAGGAAGCAGUCGAGCUAGACACUAUAGCAGUUGGGUCAACUCCUCUAGUGGAACACCAAGAGGAGCCUGGUGAGCCUUCUUCAGAUGAGUGCAUGCAUGAGGCCGGCCCAUCAGAUCUAGAUAUGACAAAGGCACAUUCAUUAGAAAAGGAUUUCUGGUCAGAGAACUCAGAGUUUGAUUCAGAAGAGCAAGUGGCGCCUCCAGCUGUGGAGUCAGUGAUUGAAGUUCUAAAGGAGAAUGAGUUGCCUCCAGUUUCUCUAGUGCGUCCCAGUGAUCCAGUGGCCUACGAUCUAGCCCCUUCUGAUGAGCUGAAGAAACUCAGAAGCAGGAACCACUAUGAGGGGCAUAGGACAGCAACAGACAGGAGAUUCUGGUCCAUUGAGCAACAGGACUUGUACAAGUCCAUAUACAGUAAGCCCAAGUCAUAUGAAAUGAAGUGGAUAGACUGGGACUACAUUGAUAGCAUAGAUGAAUUUUCUUGUGUCAGACAGAGAUUUGCCCAUGUGGGGCUUGAGAAGAUCAUCAGUUACCACUGUGAUUGGGACAUCGAACUGAUUAGGCAGUUUUACUCUACAGUUCAUAUCAGCGUCGACAAUAGCUCUAUUACUUGGAUGGCAGAUGGCAGGAGAAUCACUACCAACAAAAGAGCAUGGGAGGAAAGAUUUGGCAUUCCUCGCAGUGUUCACACUGCAAUAAUUCACUCAGAGUUUUUGCUUCAUGAUGAUGACAAGAGGAUCAUGUACACAGCUCCAGAAUGCACAUUAGGCCUAACCAGGGGCCUCUCUCCAUUGGUUAGCAUAGCCAAUAAGAUUAUCAAGACAACCAUCUAUCCCAAGUCUGCAACUAUCCACGGACAUGACUGGAACCUCCUACGUCAUAUUGUGGAGCAGAAUCCAUUCGACAUCAUUGCUUUGAUCUUCAGCAAGAUUGAGUUGCUUAUUUCGGAUCCCAGUCCCUCUAAUCUCUUUUAUGCACCAUACAUCAUGGGGAUGAUUAUGCGAUCUUUUGAAUAUGAUGGACCUAGAGAAACCAGGCACCCUUGCUACAGGCCCAAACCGGCACGUGCAGUAGCUUCGCCUUCUGAGCCACCACCUUCAGCAUUUCAGCCGGAGGUAGAGGCCAUGUUGAGGCAGACGACCACAUCCAGUUCAAGGAAGCUGGAGGCCCAUGUCGUCUCAGAUCCCAGCUCCACGCUCCUCACUGACACCGUCCCUUGAGGCUGCCACUCCCUCACUGACACCGUCCCUUGAGGCUACCACUCCCCUCACCGCCUCCGGCUCCAGCAGCUUUUCCUGAGCAGGCCAGCAUGAUUCAUGCCAGCCUCCCGUGCUUCAGAUCAGCCAGCUGUUUUGGGGUGAAGUCCUUUUAGUCGCUUUAGUUGGUAGCAAAGGGAGAAGUAAUGGGUUUAUGUGCUGUCCUUGAUGUCUAUCAUGCACUCGUAUUCUGGUUAUUUUGUAUCUAUAUAUCUUGGACCUGUUCGCCUUGUUCUUGGGAAGAACUGAAGGUUCAUUUGUGCCAUAUAUAUUCUUCUAGCAAGAAAGAACUUGUUGAAGGGCUUAUCGAAGACUUGAUAACUCAGUACUAUGAUAGGCAUCUGUGUGCUGACUGUCUUGUGUGCACUUAGUCAAUGCCCUUGGGUCUUCUAAAUACUACAUGUAUGAUUCUGCA